UAAACGAUAAAAAUUACCUGCUUUUUGCGCGUCUGCAAGAAACGAGUGCAUCCAGCGCAGCCGACAUUGACCUUUAAGCUGCAGCUGCACAAUAGAAGCUGCAACAUUAGCUGUGUCCUUGCAUUUCUAUAUGCUUGCCUUGCCGAAUCAUGUUUGGCUCCAAUGUAAAGUUAUGAGAAGAGGAGCGUAGAAGUCGUCUACACUGAAGUCCGACAAUGGCUGAGAAACCACUGCCGACAGUUUUCUGCGAAGAGGUGUUUGACGAGGACAGCCUCCCCUCCGAAGACGAAAUACGGGACUACGCUGUUAAAAUUGGAAUCCAGCCAGAUAAAGAGCCUCACCUUUUACCUCUUGCAAAGGAUGGUCUGAUGAAAGCGCUGCCCAGUGGUUGGACCCCAUGUUUCGAUCAGAGGAAAAAUGCGUGGUAUUAUUUUAACUAUGAAAACGGUACGUCGCAGUGGGAACAUCCAUUGGACAGCGUUUACCGAGAUCUAGUUAAGAAAACGCGUCAGGAGUCGCUGAGCUCUGGUGCGGAUGACCUUUCUACUCUUAGGGACGACCUGAAAAGCUUGGACGACACCCUUAGCGCGGCAAAAGGGUUUAAUGCAGCGUCAGGUGCCCUGCUGCGCCGCGCAACAACAAACCUGCAAGCACCUCUGAAAAACAUCCCGUCGCAACUGGAGACCAUUUUCAUGCCUGAGAAUAAGAAUUUUCUGUCCCCCAACUUCAAGAUGACACCAAGACCUCCUCCUAGUCCAACCCCUCUCAGUUCUGACUCGAUUGAUUUGCCAGCAAAUGCACCAAGUGUCCCUGAAACCACCCAGCCAAAAAGCGGUCAGGGAUGGACUGAGCUAAAAGUAUCUGGGGGAGGAUCAAGCUUCCUCAAGAAAGUUGUCUCCCAACAAGUAAUGUCUACUGAUACCUCAUCUUCAGACGGGACCGAAGAUAAAGCAAUCACCAUUGUGAAAUCAUCACUGGAGCCAACAAGAGGAAUUUUGAGAGACAAAUCUCCCCAGAGAAUCACAGACGGAGCAUUAGCAGAUCAAAAGUCAGAUGGAGAAGACGAAAAGAAAAGCGUGCGAUUCAACUUAGUGGAAGGGGCAGGGGUGCAAAUCAGGGUGUUUGAGGAGGAGGACAGUGAGAGCAAGGAGCUUGAAGUGGAGGAUAGGAUAGUUUCUGCAGAGGAGACAAAAACGUUGUUUCAAAAGCCUGAUUUUGAUUUCAUGGCGGAACUCGAUGAUGAGGAUGAUGAAAAUGUCUGGGUGUCUGAUGAAGAAGAGAAACUGAAGAAAAAACAAUUGGAAGUUGAAAAUGAGGAAACGGCGUCUGGGAAGAAAAUCAGUGCAAAUUUUGAUUUGGAAGCGGAACAGCUGAGGAAAGAAGUAAAUUUGAAACUAUCGCAGCUGAAAGAAUCUCUGGAAAAGGAAGAGUCUGAAGAGAGAAAUAAACUCGUUGAAGAAAAAGAAGUGAAGAUUAGGCAGCUUGAAUUGAAAAUAGAGUCUGAGCUGAAGAACCGAGAAAAGAACAUUCGUGAGGGCGCCGAGAGAACCCUGGAGAAGCUGCGAGACGAGUUGGCGUCCACCAUGGAGAAGCAGCUGUCGGCGAUCAAGGUGGAGAAGCAAGUGGCGAUAGAUCUAGAGAAAUCAGAAAUGAAAAAGUACCGCGAAAUCCUGGCCGUCAACCUAGCUCAUCUGAAGAAGGAUCUGGACGCUGAAUUUGAAGGCAAAUUCGUCAAGUACAAGUCAAGUCUGGAGGCGGAACACAAGGAGCGACUAGACAGGCUGAAGGAGCAGCUGAGCCAGGAGGAGCAGGAGAAGCAGCGGCAGGUCAAAUUGGAGAAGGAGUCUGACCUUCACCAGCAGUACGAGCAAAAGGCCAGGGAGCUGGAGCGGCAGCUGAAGGAGGACCUGGCGCGGAUACAGCGGGAGGCGCAGUCGGAGAAGCACAAGAAAAUGCUCGGCCUGAAGGAGGAUAUGGACCGGCAGUUGGAGAAGGCGAGGAAUGGGCUGCGCGAGGACCACAACAAGGCUUUAGACAAGAUGAAGACUGAUCAGCUGAUAGCGGUGGAGAGCCUGCGCAUGGCCAUGCAGAAGGAAGAGGAAGAGAUGCACGUGGCCCAUCGUAGCAAGCUGGCUGCUCUGAGCGACAGGCUCAACACCGAGUACGAGGCCAGGUUGAAGCGGCUCAAGGAGAUUGCGGACCGGAAGGCCAGGCUGCUGGAGGAGGACUCCAAACACGACCAUCACGCCGGUGCCGUUGGCUUUGCUGCAAGGACCAUUACUGAGUCUGAAACUCUCAGUAACCAGCGCUGCGAGCACUUGCAACGACAGGUGGAGCUUCUGUCAAUCAAGCUGAAAGACUGUAGAAAGCAAUUGGAGGAGGCAAGAGUCCUGCGGCCAGACGACCGAGUUUUUGAAAAGCUGCGGUGUGAGAAACGGCUGCUCGAAGACAAGUACCGCACGCUGAAGGACAAGUAUGUGCGUCUCAAGUCGGAAGUGAAGCAAACGAUGGACAAGCGGAACAAAAAGCGACUGGUGGUGUCUAGCAACGCGGGCGGCGCCACCACUGGUUCGGAAACGGACCGCUCCAGCUCUCAACGGGUGGGCAAGGCGAGGAUCAAAAUUUUAGAAGAUCCGCCGCCCGAAGUGACUAACGAAGCGUCUGAGGCUAAUAACAACAACAACAACAGCAGUGCGAUCGACAACACAAUGGCGAGCAGUCUAAAGGAAAGCCUGGUUUUGUCCCCACCGCCAACCGACUCUAGUGACCGCACCUCACCACCGCCACCGCUGAUGCAGCUGAAACGCUCCAAGAGGCAUCAGAGCAAACUCAAGUCUUGCUCCACGCCCAGGCUAGACAGGGGCAGGGAAACAGAGCUCAAUCCAGUGGACAGUCUGCGCACCCAGCUGCAAAAGCUGGAGGACCUUGAAGACCUCUUUCCCGCCUCAACGCACGUUGACACUUACUUGCGCUAUCCGUUUUCCGAAUCAGGUCAAGUUGGCAGCUGCGAAUUAGAAUUUUUCAGGCAUAGAAUCCACCUGGAACGGGACUCAGUGCAAAAAGCCAAAGCAUUUCUGAAACAGCAACGCGUGACGUUCGCCAAUCGCCAGAGAGAGCUUCACAAACGCCAGUCGCAGAUGUGCGUCAGUCCUUCUUCCAACAGGCUGCACUCAGAGCUGGCAAAUGACUCAAUAAUUCAGGAGGAGCGUGAGCUAUCAGACAUGGAAGUGAGUUUGCACAGAACGCGCAGUCUUCUAGGAGAAAAGAUUAUAAGACUUCGGCAGCUGGAACACUCAUUGCAGCAGCUGUCGUCGCACGCAAACAGAAACAAGUCUACCGAUGCCACACUCAGCGAUUUGUCAUCGCACAGCGGAAGCUCCGGAUUCAGCAGCAACAAUCACGCGAAUGAAUUCAAAUCUGGUAUUUGCCUGAACACUAAGUGUCCAAAGCAUGCAGAAUCAAACGAAAUCAUCCGAAGUUUGGAAACCCUCAACUCUGAAAUUAGAAGUUUGUGGGACCUCUUGCAAAGACACCACUCUGAAAAACUGCCUGCAGGCCCUCCACCACUGCUGGUCCCCGGCUCGGAGUCGCCUUGGCCCGCGUUGGCCAGUCUGGCUGAGCAGCUGCAGCAGAUUCGCAUGCAACAGCAGGUGGCCACCAACAACAACCUGGGAUCAGUGAGCGGGUCCGCCUUGAGUCUGGCCGAGCGGGCCCAGGGGCUGCGCGACUGGCUUCGAAGGACAAAACUCGAUGCCGUUCAAAGCAACUCUUCCAAAAAUUAAUUUACAGUCAUUUUAUUAUAUUUUUACGCUCAUUUACAUGAUCUCUAUAUUUAUUUACUUGAUUUAAUUGAUCUCGAUUUUUAUUUGUACUCUUUUGUACGCAUUUAUAAGUCAUUUUCUCAACGGACUCAAGUGAUAGAAUUCGAAAUGUGUGAUGAUUACGACUGCAAGUAGGGCAAGCAUUUGCAAAUUUGAGAUCUACAUAUGCCAACGUUGUACUCCUAAAGUAAUUAACUAGCUCAUUUAAGAAUUAAGAUAUUAAUAUUGCCCUUCAACAGCAAUAUUAUUCCAAUUCUGAUAUUUCGUAGUAUUGUAUUUACGAAAAAACAGUAUCUUUCAUAUUGCUUGGUGUUUGAAAAAUAUUUUCAUUGAACCUAAACCAUUUCUCGAUAUAGCCCCUCCCUUGUUACUAUAAAAUGUAACAAACAUUGUCCAUUCAAUAGAAGGCCUAUUAAAACACGCCCUUUACAAGUUUAGAGGCACUUUUGUGCCCACUGUUUACUCUGUAAACCUUUUUUCCUCAAAAAUAUACGUGUUACAUAAUAUUGGAUAUUCCUGGCAAUGAUAUUCUAUCUGAAAAACGAUCACAAAAGCAGUGCGAAAAUCCGCAAACAUAAAAAUAUGGUGCUUGUUAGACAUUUUCCAACUUUCCCAGGCUGCAUGGCUUAUACCAAAAUAAUUUCCGUUCCAUAGGCAACAAAGAGUUGCGUUAAAACACACAUCAACGUUCGUAAACACACAUAAUCAAAAGUAAUAACAAUAUAUAAAUUCUCAUUGCACGCAUCAAUAAUAUUAUUAACCCAAAGGGAAACUUGCGUAAAAUAUGUAUAGGUGCCAAAGUCACUCAUCUUAUUUUUUCGAUAGCACGUAUCAGAAAUAUUUGCAGAUUUUGUUUGUGUUAUUGCGUGUGCUAUUCCAUUCAUAAUGCAAUAUGAUUGUUUACCAAAUUCUUAUUAUAUAUUGUUCAGCACUUGCAAAAUAAAUUUUUGAAGUUACCUAUAA